GUGUUGUUGUCCUCUAGCUGCAUAAUGGACACACACUCGCAGGAUGGCCGCCGCCUCGCCUCACUGCUGCCCGAUGUCCUUCAUUAUCGUCUUCUGCAUCCUGUCAGGCGGACGCUUUUUGUCUGUUUCCUCUUUUAAGGUACCAGAGGGGGGCGUGGCCUCUCUGUCCUGUCAGUACUCGGUGAAGCGCUUCGGCCUCAGCCGGGUCUGCUGGGGCCGUGGCUGCGGGACCUUCUGGUGCAGCAACAUCCUGGUGCAGACGGACGAGAAUGGAGUCAUCUCCAAGGUGACGGACCGGUACCGACUGACGGGGGACGUCCUGGACGGCCAGAUGGACCUGGACAUCCUGAACGUGAGGCGGACAGACAGCGGGCCGUACUGCUGCAGGGUGGACAUCGACGGGAUCUUUAACGACAAGAAGGUCAUCAUGAAUCUGAGAGUGGUCAAAGCUCUGGUCACCAGUUCUCCUUCUCCAACGACGACCACAACCACACAGCGAAUCAUGGACCCGUUAGCCUCCACAGUGAACUGGAAAACCCUGCUGUCAUCUCAGCUGGACCUUCUGAAGAGGAACUCCACCCUGCUGCGCCCCGACACCAUCACUGUGGAGGACUCUUUACCCUCGCUAUCCCUUCAGAUCAACGUUCCUGUCCUCUCUCUCUCCCUCAGUGUGUUGUUGAUCCUGGCAGCAGUUUUCCUCAUUUUGGCCUUCAAACGUGGAAUACACAGAAGAGCUUUAAAGGCCAGCUGACGCUCAUUCUUUGAACCGGGCUCGAAGACAUCCCACACUGCUAAGUUUUAAAAAGGAAACCAACAGAACAUGGAAAUCCUUCUCAUCAGUGCAGAUGUUGAUGACCCAGAAAUUACCCCCCAUCACCACCCAGCAGUGGAGAAGUCCUGGUGUUAGGUUUGACAGCAGCCUCAGUCACCUCAACUUAACUGUGCACACUUGUUUCCUUUCUUUAUCAACUCAACAAAAUCUCACAGAUCAAACUGUAAUGACCACCUGUAACCUGUGACCCAUGCCUUCAUUUAAUAACCUAGAAUGAAAACAGGCAGCAGCAUCUGUUAUAAUAAAGCUCAUAAUGUUGCCAGAGACGCACACUAUGACCUCGGUCAGGUUUGUUGUUGAGGUCGUAGUUAACCAUGCUGUUGUACUGGACUGAGCUGCGACCAGAUGUGUCCCUGUGACUGAGUCCUGCCCAUUUACAAACAUGGACGAGUUCAGAAUAUUAGGGACACCUAUGAAUACACAGUAAUGUAUUAGAUUGUAAUUGUACAGGUGUACCUAAUAAUCUCACUGAGUGUACAUGUGCUUGACAGCGUGGCAUUAAAAUGGUUAAACACAAAGUGCAGCUGAGGGGAACCUCAGUGAUUUUGCAGGCAUUUGGUCAGGCACAACAACAAAUGUGAUUAAUGAAGUUAGUGAAAUGCUUGUGUAAGAGAGGGACCUGGCUGCAGACAAAGAUGGCAGAUUGCAACCGAGACAGUGGACUGUCGACCUCAUUAGUAACCCCUAAUCUAACGCUACACCACCUAAUAUCGACUGCUUCCUGCCGAGGUCAUCAGUCCACCACCUUCUCUGCAGGCAGGUUGUCUAGGUUUGUGCUGGCCUGCUUGCAUCAAUCUGACCAGCCUGUGUUUCUGCUCCAGUUUUUCCCCCGAAGAACCUCCUCACAUCAUCUAUGAGAUCCGGAUGAGGAGACCGGUGCAGGAGAACAUCUACACUCUGGACUAGGGUGCCUCA